AUGGUUAAACGUCUAAUUAUCAAAUUAAUUAUAGAAGUAGGUUCAACAGUAGCUAAAUCUUUCAUGAAAGCAUAUACAUAAACUGCAAAAUGUAUGAAUAUCUUAGAUGUUUAGAAUAGGGAAGUAAAUCAGCAAAUCCUUUUAGUGAAUUUUUAAAUCAAACAAUGCAAGCAGCUAAUUUAACUCAUAAACCUAUGACAAGAGAUGAAGCAUUUAAAAUAUUAUAAUUAACACCAGAGAAAACUAAUGCAGAAGAAAUAAUAAAAGUAUAUAUAUAAUAAUUAAAUGAUUUUAGAUUUAUUGGAGAUAGUUUCAUAAGAAUGAUCCAAUAAAGGGAGGAUCAUUUUAUAUUCAAUCGAUGCUACACAAUGCCAAAUGUGAGUUAAUGAAAGAUUUUUCAGAUAUAAAUGAGAAGGAUAUUUUGGAGAAGAUUAAGAAGGAAGAACAAAAUUAGAAAGUAAAGGAGGAAGAUGUAAAGUAGGAGGAAUAGAAAGAAAAUUGA